AUGGACCUGGGGACUGCUGCAGCGGCUCUCCUUGGAGGAACUACGGUCGCAGCCUACCUGGAUGCCAAAUUUCACAUCAGGAAAGAUGUCAAGGCCGUACUCACCCUCCGGAAGGGCGAACGUGAAUAUGCGAGCGCAGUCAGUCGACAGAAGGGCAACCCGUGGUUUGUGCUCCUCGAAACUGCAAAGCAAUAUCCCAACAUGACUUGUCUCUGGACCCGGGAAAGAUCAUACACCUACCAAGACGUACGGGAACAGGCUUGCCAGUAUGCGCACUACUUUCUAUCUCAAGGCGUGAAGAAAGGCGAUCUGGUAGGCUUCUACCUCCAGAACCGCGCUGAGUUUAUCAUUGCCUGGGUUGGCCUGUGGAGCAUUGGUUGUGCCCCCGCUGCUAUUAACUACAAUCUCACCGGUGAUGCGUUAGUCCACUGCCUGAAGAUCAGCGGGGCGAAGUUUACACUUGUUGAUGAAGAUCCGACCUGUCGUUCGCGUGUGGAUGAGGUUCAAAGUACACUCACCGGGGAACUGGGAAUGCAACUCGAGACAUUGGAUGAGUCCCUGAAAGCACGAAUUCGCUCGUACCCGACCACUUUCCCGCCAAAGGAUCUUGCGCUCAAGGUGGAAGGAGAAUUCCCAGCUAUUCUACUCUACACAUCUGGUACGACCGGUAUGCCCAAGGGAUGUGCUUUCACCAUGUCUCGACUGUACACUAUGCUGUUCGUCCGUCGUGGAUCGAUGAAUGAUACCGUAGGACCCCAAGGGGAUCGUUGGUACAGCUGCAUGCCACUAUACCACGGCACGGCUGCGAUCAGUUUAAUCAGCUGCUUAGUGGAUGGCGUUAGUAUUGCACUAGGCCCCAAGUUCAGCGUUCGCAACUUUUGGAAGGAUGUCCGAGAGUCGGAAUCGACGGUUUUCGUCUACGUUGGCGAGACAGCUCGCUAUCUACUCGCACCUCCUCCAUCACCCCAGGACAAGAACCACAAGGUUCGCUGCAUGUAUGGUAAUGGAUUGCGCCCCGAUGUCUGGGAACAAUUCCGUGAACGAUUUGGCGUUCUCGAAGUAGGCGAGUUCUUCAACAGCACGGAGGGUAUCUUUGGCCUCUUCAAUUACAAUCGCGGUCCCUUCACUGCUGGGAGUGUUGGUCACCACGGACUGAUAAUGCGCGGUCUUCUCCAUAACGUCUUUGUACCGGUGGCAAUUGACCCCGAGACUGGUGACGUUCUGCGAGACUCGAAGACCGGAUUCGCCGUUCGCGCAUCGUACGAGGAAGGAGGAGAAAUUGUGGUUAACAUUCCAAACCAAGAGGCCUUCCAAGGAUACUGGCGCAAUGAGAGUGCAACCGAGAAGAAGUUCCUGCGCGAUCUCUUCAAGAAAGGCGAUCUAUAUUAUCGCUCCGGUGAUGCGCUUCGCCGCCAAAGUGAUGGUCGCUGGUACUUCCUCGACCGUCUUGGUGACACUUUCCGCUGGAAGAGUGAGAAUGUGGCGACUGCUGAAGUCUCCGAGGUCAUCGGAAAAUUCCCUGGUGUUGCGGAGGCAAAUGUCUACGGCGUGAAACUGCCCAACCAUGAAGGACGAGCCGGUUGCGCCGCACUACAAAUCACGCCCGAGGCGAGACAAACGUUCGACUUCGCUGCGCUCGCGCGUUUCGUUCAAUCUAAGCUGCCUCGAUAUGCGGUCCCUGUCUUCCUUCGCGUCGUGGAGAACUCGACGCACAUCCAUAACCACAAGCAGAAUAAGGUCCCACUACGCGACGAAGGCGCGGACCCGGCGCUCAGGGGCACCAAGGUGGCUGAUGGCGGAGACGAUAACUUCUUAUGGAUUGCCCCCGGGGAAAAGGACUAUUCGCCUUUUGGAAAGGAAGAAUGGGACAGGAUAAGCAAUGGCCAGGCAAGACUUUGA